UCGCCAUGGCCACCACUUUCUUCCUCCUCCCCUUCGCCUCGUCCUCUUCACUUGGCGCUUGCUCCUAAACCCACGUCCAAGACUCGAUUUUGCCAUGCAUUUGGGAAUCUACACGUCUUGAUCUUUUACAUUUGCCGACCACAAUAACACCUGUGUGCUUCACUCGCGACGGGCGGGCGCUUUGAAGAGCUGGGUCUAGCUCGGAGACAGCCACAACAACGAUUUCCAUCGCAGGAAUUGGGCAGCAUCGGAAUGAGAUUGGUAGGAUUUUAGGCUCGUUUGGUUGAGUGGUGGUGAGUUUGGAGAAUUGGGUUUAGAAUUAGGGUUUUGAUUUUGCAAGCAUGAUGCUGGGCGCUUCUUUGAGUGGUGGUUGCCUGAAAAAAGCAGCGCCUGGGUGUGGACAUGGUGGUGGUGGUGAAGCAGCGGCCCGCUUGUUAGAGUUGGAGCGUCCAUGUCGUGUGCCUUCGUCGAGGCAGCUCGUCACUGCUGCAUUGCCAUUGCCUCUUUCCUUUAGAGCUGCUUUUGGUGCCAAUUGGUGCACCAAAGCGAUCGCUGCUGCCCAUAGUGGGCGGCGUAGUAAUAGGGUUGUGAGGAGGAAGAGAGUUGUGGCGGAGAUUGAAUUGUUCUCCUCGGAUGACUUCGACGUGGAGCGGUUCUUGGGAUCCCAGGGAUACAUCAAUGUCUCCAGUUACACUCCACCACAACCAGGGAGUAGUAUGUUUGGAGCCGCCUUGGGCGAGAAUGCACCCUUAGGUAUGGAUCAACGAGAUCUUAACCGGAUAGGAGGACAGGAAGUUGGUGAAGGAAGUGUUCAGACAAGGUUGUAUGCAGGGCGUAUAGGCAGGGGUGAAAGGAUGGGUACUCGUGUAAUACUGAAGGCAUAUCCUGCAAUGGUAACGUCAGGUAGCGACGCAGAUGUGAUGGCUGCUAAUGAGCUUGCGGCCCAUGUUGUUCUUCAGGAUGAGGAAUUAGGGGAGAUUUCUGAGAACAUUUCGUAUCUAUAUGGUGGUUUCCAAACUAAAACAGGGGAGCAGUGGCUAGUGUUUCGAGACGAUGGCAAAGCGACAGCAGCAGACUACGCAAAAAUGGCUGCUGAAGCCACUACAGAAGGCCGGGCAGUCGGGGAAUGGGACUUCUGGGAUCGCUUUGACAAGACCAGACCCAUCCAAAGACGCCUUAUAUUCAUCACAAAGCUCUUACGUGGUGCUUUUCAAGGGCUAGCUUACAUUCACUCUCGGGGUCGUCUCCACCAAAGCCUUGGUCCUGCCUCGAUUGUUAUCAACACAACUUCUGAGCGUGACGCUAUGUACCUCAAUGCACGUCUACGUGACCUUGCCUUCUCUACUGAUGUGAGUAGUGGACUGGCAGCCUUUGGAGGACCCACUUUGGAAGAUCUUUGGGAGGGACGUGGCAGCAAUUUGAGUUCCGGAACACGAGACUCUGCUAUUGACCCUGCAGUAGCAAAGCUCUCUGAAGGUCUGUGGCGCAGAGCGGCUAUGGCGGGAGCUCGUGACUCACUGUCGAGAAGAUCCUUCGGCAUAGCAGAUGACAUAUACGCUGGGGGGUUGUUGUUGGCGUACAUGGUCUUUGUGCCUCUCAGCGAAGCUGGCAGCAUUGACGGUCCUUCAAUACAAAGGCUACUGGAGACAACAUUUCGGCUCGACAUUCCAGCAGUUCGUGAAUAUUGUGAGGCUGAUGACCGCUGGAGCGAGGCUGUGAACUUCAUGAAUCUUGACGACGGUGCAGGAUGGCAGCUACUGCAGGCCAUGCUCAACCCCGAUUACAGAUUAAGGCCCACUGUCGACGCCGUUUUGUCCCACCGCUUUCUGACUGGAGCUUUAUUAAAUUUAAGCUGAAUCAGUUGACAUGUUUCCAUGAUGUACAAUUGCCACAACAAGAUUGAUCUUACAACUAUGAGACCCCUCCUACACUAGUAUCUGGCGGCCGAUCAGUGUAGUUCAUAGUUCCAGCAUACAAUAACUGUGGUUUUCAACAGCCAAUUGUUACUGGAUACCAGUGUUGUAAUCUCUACCCAUUUGGGUUAACCACUAAAUGGCGUAUGGAUUUGCAGUAGAAUUCUCUCUCUCUUGGAAAGAUUGCAAAAAAAAACAAAGCGAGCAUUCUUUUGCGUUGAGUUUGUACCUGUGUAGGUUGGUAAUCUAGUGCCAUUAAUAGGGUUGAAUUUGAACCCCUACAAUAUUCAAUACCUUUUCAAAAAAAAAUUGCAGUUCAAAUUUACCAAU